ACAGACCAGAUCAGCCCAGGUUUGUGGUGGUAUGCGAUAAUGUCAGUUUCCAUCGGGCUGCUCUGGUCCAGGCCUGGUUCACCAACCACAAUCAAUUUGAAGUGGUAUAUUUGCCCCCUUACUCACCAUUUUUAAACCCUAUAGAGGAAUUCUUUUUGGCUUGGAGAUGGCGUGUAUAUGGCCGCCAACCACAUGCCCGCAUGCCUCUUCUGCAGGCAAUGGAACAGGCCUGCGGCGACAUUCAGGUGACAGCAAUCCAUGGAUGGUUUUGACAUGCAAGGGGAUAUUUUCCCUGGUGCCUAGGGGGAGAAGACAUUGCUUGCGAUGUCGAUGAGGUCCUGUGGCCAGACCCCAACAGACGGCGGGAUCCAUGAGCCCACACCCACGGCAAUGCUCUGUUCCUCAUCAUCAUUUUGGGACUUGGAGGAAGCUUUCAAUCUGGAUACCACAUUACUGGUUUGAGCUCUCCCUCCCCGCACAUACAGCGCUUCAUCAACAGCAGCUGGUUUGACAGAUAUGAAGAGCCCCCACCUCCGCAGACAACCACGAUGAUCUGGUCCCUUAUUGUUUCCAUGUAUGCUGUCGGGGGACUCUUUGGUGCUGUCAGUGUCAAACUGGUCUCAUGCAUGCUGGGAAGGAAAAAAGCGAUGAUCUGCAACAGCUUCAUUGCUAUUGUUGCUGCCGGGAUCAUGCUGACAAGUAAAUGUGCCAGAUCAUAUGAAAUGAUCAUUGUGGCAAGGAUCCUGUACGGCUACUCAGCAGGUUUGGGAAUGAGCAUCCAUUUAAUGUACCUCGGAGAGAUUUCCCCCAGAAAAUUGCGAGGCAUAGUGACUCUGACCUCAGCAACCUUCACGUCACUUGGCAAACUGUCGGGGCAGUUUUUUGGACUGAGUGAGAUCCUUGGUGGUGAGGAGCUGUGGAACAUCGUCCUCUGUGUCCCUGCAUUUUUCUCCCUGGUUCAGGUUAUAGCGUUGCCUUUUCUUCCCGAGGCUCCCAGAUACUUAUUCAUAGAGAAAGGUGAUGAUAAGGCUUGCACAAAAGCUCUCCAGAGUCUUUGGGGCCCCGGUGACUACAAACAAGAGAUGGACGAGAUGUUGGCUGAGCAGGCUGCCAUUGAGGCAGCCCCGCUAAAAAGCCCUCUGCAACUCCUGAGGGACAGGACCGUCCGAUGGCAGCUUAUCACCAUGUCCACCAUCUACUGCUGCAAUCAGCUGUCGGGCAUGCCUGCUAUCAGUACCUUCUCUUUUGACAUCUUCCUGAAGGCAGAUAUACCGAGAGACAAGAUUCGCUAUGUAACCUUGGGUCUUGGAGUGUCUGAAAUCAUCACAUCCAUCUCCUGCGGACUUCUGAUUGAGCACACCGGGAGGAGGCCGUUGUUAUGGGGGGGUUAUGGUGUCAUGUCUGCCAGCUGGGUGUUGGUCACUGUCACGCUCAACCUGAAGGAUUCCAGCUAUUGGGUUCCGUACAUCACCGCUAGUUUGAUCAUCCUCUUCAUCAUCUUCUUUUGCGGAGGACCUGCGGGAGCUACAGCCACUCUCCACAGUGAGCUCUUCAUCCAGUCCGAUCGACUGGCAGCCUUUGUCCUCAUGGGGAUCCAGCGCUGGUUGGUGUUCGCUGUGCUGGGCCUAGUCUUUCCAUUCCUUAUUAACGCCCUGAACUCGUACUGCUUUGUGCUGUUCGCUUGUAUGUGCCUGCUGGGUUGCCUUUAUACUUUCUUCCUCUUGCCCGAGACCAAAGGGAAGACCAUGCUGGAGAUCUCCGAGGAGUUUAAAGCCAUCACCGUCUGUGGGAAAUCCUUAGAGGAGAAGAGAGUGGAGACCAAGUUAUGAGGCAGUCCAGAUACAAUAGCUACAGACGGUCUUUUCAGAAUAGCAGAGGAAUAAUAAAUGUGUGGCAAUAUUUAUGCCUAGUAACGUGUUUUAAUUGUAAAAUCAUCGGUCAAUAAACAUUGUUUAUUAUGCAGGUGAAAAACAGCAGGCUACAAUGGAAGAACAUGCCAACUUGAGUUAAAUUACUGAGACAAACCUGUAAA